AUGGUUGCUCCUAAUCCUAUACCUGCACCUCCGCAAAUUAGAACCCUAACAACACCUUCCCCACCUAAUGACCCUCCAACAGAUACAGAUGUAGCUCUUGCAUAUCUAUUUGAACAUGAUGCAAUGCAUCAUCGUCGUCUUGAUGGCGGAAUUUAUGUAUCUCAAGAUCAAUUAAUAGAUGUAAUCAAAUACAAGAAUGCUGUUCUUGUAGCAGCUGCAGCUGCAAACCCAGUUGCACUACAGGUGGCUCCGCCCUGGUUUGCCAACGCUAUGGCGGCUAGUCUGGAACCAAUAAGAAAUGACAUAGCUACCCUCAAGGCUGACAUAGCUACCCUCAAGGCUGACAUAGCUACCCUCAAGGCUGAUGUAGCUAUCCUCAAAGCUGAUGUGACCACUCUAAAAGAAGACAAUGGUGCUAUCAAAGAUGGCAUAGAUUCCAUUGAGGAACGCCAAAUUAAGAUGCACAAGACUGCAGUUCUGCUGCGUAAUGCAUCCUUAGGAUUGGGUACUGGCACACCUUUUGAAGAAGUUCCAUUCGAAGAUGGCACCUAUCCUUGGAAUACCAUCUACAAGCGUCAGACUCUACCACCACUCACAAAUGUAAAUGAGGUUAAAGAGCUGACUGGAUACAAAUUACGUGGGUAUUUUGUAGGAUAUUUCCCCAAUGUUGAGGUGCCCCGAUCUCGCAAAAACCGUCGGAAAGCCGUAUUGCAAGCCAUUGGGUACAUUGGUAAUUAA